GACUUCCCUUGGCCUCGUCUCUGCCUGAAGACACUCCCCGCGGGGGGAGCGGGGAGGAGAGGAGCGCGCCAGACAGCCCGCCUGGAGUCCGUGCCUCUUUUUCCUGCACGUCCAAUAAGCGGAAACUCUACCCCGCCAAAGCGAGGCAGCUCCCUCCUGGCCAGAGGCUGCGUGCGCGCCUCGCCCGCCAGCGGGGAACCAGCUCGAGAUUUCCUCCCUCCCCUCCCCCGGAAUGCCCAGUCCCCCGGGGGUGGGCAGGAGAGGGCGGGGGCUGCCACACCGAGAAGCCCCUCCCUGAUCGCCGCAGCACCUGUGGAGCACGAGGCGAUCGGGGCCCCGCCGCCUCCCUUGCGCAGAGCGGAUCCAAGGCGUCCCUGGGUUUGGCGCGUCCCUUGCCAAGGCGCUGCCUUUUUUCCUUUUUUUUUGGUGCCACGCCCGGGUUUGCAGGACGCCGCCGAGCUGCCGCCGCCGCUCUUGCUGCUCAGCAUUCGAGGGGCGAGAGGAGCGAAGGGCCGGAGCGAUUGGGACGUGCCCGCCGGCUGGCCGCGCAACAUGAGGCGAAGAGCGGGCGAGCAGUCGAGGCGAGCGGCGGGAAGCGCCUCGGGUCGCUUGGGGAUUUUGCCACACUGAAAGACUGAAGGGGGAAAAAGAGAGAGAAGGGGAGCCUCGGACCCUGGUCGGUUGCUACGGAGCGGCUCCCGAGUCUCCUCGGGAUGGGGAGGAAGGGCUCUUCCUAAAUGCCUCGCUUGCGGCUUCCCCGGGCGGGCGUGCAACAAAUGGCAGCCAAGCCUGUGAUCCGGGCUGCAGUCGCAGCAGCGGCGACUCCCAGGUGAGGCUUAAAGGCUCCGGUCUGCAAGCUGCAGCUCUCCAUGCCUGCCUGCGCCUCGCCUUCCCUUCCUGAGUCACCCCGCCGCACUUGACCUCUCACCCAUAAGAUAUGAGAUGACACCAUGUGAUUCAUUCAGCAAGAUCUCUUUCUACCUCUUUGACAGCAAAAAGGAGCAUCCUAUGAGGAGAUUGGCAGAUAGGAGGCUUCCUGGCAACCUCCAAGGCUUCUCACCAACACGUCAGAGCUGCGAUACGUUCACAGGAACGUGUUUUUAAAAAGAAAACUUGUCAUGAAGAAGUCUACACAUUAACACAUUUUCAGAUGACAUCACCGAAGAGAAUGAGGUUGUGAUUUUGUUGCCUGAGAACUUUUGCCACCACUGUUGGGUAAAUGAGAAGUGGCCGUGUGAUUAUGCUGACAUCCCAGCAUGCAUUUGGUAGACCUGUGGUUAACUCGUUCCCUCUCCAUGUGUCUGCUCCUACAAAGCUUUGUCCUCAUGAUACUGUGCUUUCAUUCUGCCAGUAUGUGUCCCAAAGGUUGCCUUUGUUCCCAUUCUGGAGGUUUAAAUGUCAGUUGCAGCAAUGCAAAUCUCAAGGAAAUACCCAGAGAUCUUCCUCCCGAAACCGUCUUACUUUAUUUAGACUCCAAUCAGAUAACAUCCAUCCCAAAUGAAAUUUUCAAGGACCUGCACCAACUGAAAGUCCUAAACUUAUCCAAAAACAUCAUCGAAUUUAUAGAUGAACACUCGUUCAAAGGAGUGGCAGAAACCUUGCAGAUGCUGGACUUGUCAGACAACCGGAUCAAAAGUGUGCACAAGAGCGCUUUCAAUAACUUAAAAGCUCAACCCAGAAUCGCAAACAAUCCUUGGCACUGUGACUGCACUUUGCAGCAGGUCCUGAGAAGCAUGGCCUCCAACCAUGAAACAGCCAACAGCGUCAUCUGUAAGACUUCAGAGUUAGACGAACAUGCUGGGAGAUCAUUCCUUAAUGUUGCUGAUGCUGACCUCUGUAACCUUCCUAAAAAGACUACUGAUUAUGCCAUGCUGGUCACCAUGUUUGGCUGGUUCACCAUGGUGAUAUCCUACGUCGUUUAUUACGUGCGGCAAAAUCAAGAAGAUGCACGCAGGCACCUUGAGUACUUGAAAUCCCUGCCAAGCAGGCAAAAGAAACCCGAGGAAGCAGAUGAUAUUAGCACUGUGGUAUAGGGCCAGUAAUUCAGUGACUGGCUUUGACGGGGAAUUUAAAUGAGGGUAGCACGAAUGCCAGAUGUUUACUUCUAACAUUCGUUGUAAACAUAUAAGACUUUUUUCCCAAUUCAACUGAAUUACACUGCUGUCAAAACUUUCUAACAAAAGAUUUAUGUUGAGGGGGUGAUUACAGUACACUUUUAUUGUUUCUUUGGUGGUAUUCUAAACCAAGUAAACUAAUAUGUAAG